AUGGCACGCCACACUCUGACACACCACUCCUUCUCACCCAUCCCACCCAAGGGGAGUCACCCCUUCCUUCUCACCCAUCCCACCCAACAGGAUUCACCCCUUCCUUCUCACCCAUCCCACCCAAGGGGACUCACCCCUUCCUUCUCACCCAUCCCACCCAACAGGAUUCACCCCUUCUCACCCAUCCCACCCAAGGGGACUCACCCCUUCCUUCUCACCAAUCCCACCCAAGGGGAUUCACCCCUUCCUUCUCAUCCAUCCCACCCAAGGGAAUUCACCCUUUCCAUCUCACCCAACCCACUCAAGGGGAUUCACCCCUUCCUUCUCACCCAUUCCACCCAAGGGGAUUCACCCCUUCCUUCUCGCCCAUCCCACUCAAGGGGGAUUCACCCCUUCCUUCUCACCCAUCCCACCCAAGGGGGAUUCACCCCUUCCUUCUCACCCAUCCCACCCAAGGGGAUUCACCCCUUCCUUCUCACCCAUCCCACUCAAGGGGGAUUCACCCCUUCCUUCUCACCCAUCCCACCCAAGGGGAUUCACCCCUUCCUUCUCACCCAUCCCACCCAAGAAGAUUCACCCCUUCCUUCUCACCCAUCCCACCCAAGGGGAUUCACCCCUUCCUUCUCAUCCAUCCCACCCAAGGGCAUUCAGGCCCCUUCUCUCUCACCCGCUCAAGGGCCCAUCCCCAGCUUCACCUGCCAGCAGUAG